CACAUGGGCUAUCACAUGUACAUUUUACCAUUCCUAUGUGACACAGUUAGCUGAACCCCUUAAAGCCCCAGGACCCACACCCUCACUCCUCACUCUUCUACACCUUGAAUUUUUUUUUUCCAUAUAGCUGCUGAACAAUUCAUAGUGCUUACCGUGUGAUGUACUGUUCGAUUAUUAACUGAAUAAUAUGCUGGAGCUGGAAGAGCUCAAAUACAAUGAUCAGUCAUAAUAGUGAGUGGUGAUUGACAACAGGAGGAGAACAAGUAGGAAAUUGCAGAAAAAAUGCUGUGUUUGGCUUAUUUGGUUUAAUGACACUAAUAUGGAAUGUUGUUUUGAUGAUGUGUUUCCAUUGAUUUGGUUUUGAGAAUUCAGUCUUUGUUGUUGAUGAUAGAAAUCCUUUUUUACUGAAGGAACCAGUCAAGCUCUCAUUUUUUGCAGAUCAAUUUGCUUUGCUCAUGGGAUACUGGCAAACUAAUGCCUCUGAGCCAAAGUUUCAGUAGAUUCCUUCCUGCUUAUUGUGAUGUGACGGCGUUUAAUCCAGUUCCAUGUCAGUCGUCAGCAGGUCUGGUAUGUCGGGCUGCUGCUUGGCACAUAGCUAAACCGUAAACAAACUCCUUCAUUGCAACACCAGCAGAGGGAACUUGCUUUCUCAGAGCUUGCUAUUUCUGUGGCACUUACAUGGAAAGGACAAAUCAUAAUUGGUUCUGGAAAGAUCUGCUUGGCUUGUUUUUGUUGUCCUGCUGUUUACUUAUUAUUCAUCUAUUCUCUGCCAUGGUCAUGCUCACUUUUGGCCUGCUAGCUAAAAUAACUUCCAGCAGUAAUGUUUAUUUUGUGUCGAUGUGGUGGUGGCCCGUCUGGCCAAAAGGAAAUGCAUGCAUGUGUGUGUGUGUGUGUGUGUGUGAGGGGUGACAUAGUGCCAGUGUGAUAUGUCCAAGAACAGUUUGUGCCACCCUGGUUCCUGAUGACCUGCUUACUGAUUAUGAAAGGAGAGCAGCAUCAGCAGCAGAUCCAAGGCAACAGCUGGAUCAUAUUCCUUCUUAUAAUGGCAGCCAUUUUUUGGAUUUAUCGUCUCGGGAAGGUGAUCUGCAAUGUCCUGAGCUACUGGGAGAUCCGUCAGUUUUACAUUAAAGCCCUGAAAAUCAGGAUGGACGAGUUGUGCAACUUCAGCUGGCAGGAAGUGCAGGUCCGCCUGAUCAGCCUGCAGCGUGAGCAGCAGAUGUGCAUCCACAAGAAAGAGCUAACCGAGCUGGACAUCUACCACCGAAUCCUGCGCUUCAAGAACUACACGGUGGCCAUGAUCAACAAGUCGCUGUUGCCUGUACGCCUGCACCUGCCCUUCCUUGGCGACGUGGUCUUCCUUACGCAGGGCCUGAAGUACAACUUUGAGCUCAUCCUCUUCUGGGGGCCUGGCUCUCUCUUCCAGAACAAGUGGAACCUGCACCCCAAGUACAAGCGGGCUGGCAACCGUCUGGAGCUGGCACGGCAACUGAGCCGCAUCAUCCUGCUGGCGGGUGUGGCCAACCUGUUGCUGUGCCCAUUCGUGCUGGUCUGGCAGGUUCUGUACGCCUUCUUCAGCUAUGCUGAGGUGAUCAAGCGCGAGCCAGGCAGCCUGGGGGCACGCCGCUGGUCGCUCUAUGGCCGCCUCUACCUGCGCCACUUCAACGAGCUGGACCAUGAGUUGCAGGGGCGGCUGGGUCGCGGCUACAAGCCUGCCGCCAGAUAUAUGAACGCCUUUGUGUCGCCGCUGCUGGCCGUGCUGGCGAGGAACGUGGCGUUCUUCUCUGGCUCGAUACUUGCUGUGCUCAUCGCGCUCACUGUCUAUGACGAAGACGUGCUCACCGUGCAGCACAUCCUCACUGCCAUCACCGUGCUGGGCGUGGUCAUCACCAUCACCAGGUCCUUUAUCCCAGACGAGCAUAUGGUGUGGUGCCCGGAGCAGCUGUUGCAGUGUGUUUUGGCACACAUCCAUUACAUGCCCGACCACUGGAAAGGCAGUGCCCACAAGAGUGAGACACGAGAUGAGAUGGCUCAGCUCUUCCAGUACAAAGCAGUGUUUAUACUCGAGGAGCUGCUGAGCCCCAUCGUCACGCCAUUUAUUCUCAUCUUUCUCCUUCGGAACAAGUCCCUGGAGAUCAUUGACUUCUUCCGCAACUUCACCGUGGAGGUUGUGGGCGUUGGUGACAUCUGCUCCUUCGCACAGAUGGACAUACGCCGCCAUGGCAACCCACAGUGGAUGUCGGAGGGCCAGACGGAGGCCUCUGUCUACCAGCAGGCGGAGAACGGCAAGACAGAGCUGUCGCUCAUGCACUUCACCCUGAAGAACCCGCGCUGGCAGCCGCCACAAGACAGCUCCUUCUUCAUCAGCCAUGUGCGCGAGAAGGUGCAGCAGGACGCACAGGGCGGGCCCUCCCCCCAGCUCCUCCUGUCCGAGGCACCACUGUGCACCUCCCUGCUCUCCAACGAGUCCGCCACUACAGCUCCCGACAGCCUAUUGGCGAGUGUGCUGGCACACCCCGUUUUGACAGCCCCGGGAGCAGCCGCCCGCAGUCGCCACUGCGCUUCCUCCAGCAGUGUUACGUCUGCGGCAGCCAGUGUCCUUGCCUCGCUCCCUUCAUCCCAGCAGCCUCAUGCUGGUCGUACCUCCCACCACCACCACCACCACUACCACCACCACCUCGAGAGCGCCACAUACCACAGCGAGCGUGCCGUUGCCAACAGCAUGUCUGCCAGUGACUCCAAGCUCAUUGGCCAGUCCAGCUCUGCCCUGCUGUCUGAGUUUGCCUCUGCGGAGAUGAGCCUGCAUGCCAUAUACAUGCAUGAGGUCCACCAGCAGAAAUUCCAGUCUCAGCAUGGACCGGGCCAAUUUCAGCCUACUGUACCCAUGAGGGACUUUGCUGACAGUUCAGCACCUGGAUCUCAGAUGCACUCGACCCAUACGGCCAGCCUGGUCGUGCCUACCCCGCUCCGACUGGGAGGGUGGAUGGAAGAGGAGGAGGAGGAGGAAGAGGAGAUCAACAACAGCUCCUUGCUGGACCAGAGUCAGACCAGCAGAGGGAACAGCUGAAGUGCCUUACAGUUCUCGGUCUUUGCAUUCAGUUUGUGGAAGAAUGUGGAAGAACCUUAGUUUAGUUUGAGGCUUUUUGAUCAAACCCACAGUGCUGCGGAAGUGGCUCUGGCUCCUGGGUCAGAACGCUAACCGCACCACAUCUUCCAGCCGUGAGGAACAGUGCCGUUCCAGGCCACACAGUAUGUCCCCCACCUCACCUCUUUUCUUCAUUUAAUCACAGGUCCUCCAAAUGAAAACUGUCAUUUGAUUUGUGUGGGUGAGAGGUGUUUUGAGCCCUUAGCUGUGUUUGCAUUAAAAUAAAUGAACUUUAGUGAUGCUAGAAAUGUCAGAUUGAUGGUGAAUGUCAAAUCAGACAUGCGUGUAGUGCAUCACCGUUUGGUUUUAAAUCACUGAACAAAGCAGUAGUAUUUUGCUUGUAUUACUUUUUCAUUGCUUGUGAUGCCCUGACAGUAAAUAUCUUGUUUUGUGAAAAUAAUUCUCCUCAAUGUAAAACAAAAAAGAAAAGAAAGAAAACUGAAAAAUCCUACCCGAUAGCACCUGAUAUGUUUAUCAGUACUUGUAAUGGAAUUGCUGCUUGUGCUUCUUAAAUUUGUAUCCGUUUGCAUCUGUGAUAUCACGAGGGCAUUUAUGUCCUUUAGCCAGGUAGCUGACAAUGAUUGAGAUGUACAGCAACAUUGAACAUUAUCAAAACAUUAAUUUCAUGAAUUAUAAGAUUUCAAGUCUUAUUGUUUCAAGCAUCAGAGAAAAUGUAAUUGUCCAAAAUACUUAAUACUACAAUUUUUUUCUGUACAGAGGUACUGAAAUUUACAAGCUCAAAAUGUAUGAUUUAUCUUUUGGUUUUUCUUGAACCAACGCAAGCUCUGUUUUUUUUUGUUACUGUCAAAGUUUAGUACAUUGCGAAACUAGCAUAUUUCCUCUGGGAUACGUAAAACAUUCAACAAUUAUUAUAACAGAAAUAGCAUAAAUAAUCAGGACAGCAAAAAAAAUAAGAGUAAGUAAUUUAACCACUAGUGAAACAUAUUUGCCACCAGUAGGGGUCCUCAUAAAGGGGAAGUGACAGUGUUAAGUGACUACUAUGUGAUAUAUGUGUCUUUGGACAGUAGAUCCAAUGUACUGUUAAACUAGGAAUAACUUAUGAAACAACUUGAAAGUUGAACAAAAUCUAUUGACUUUUAUUGGUCAUUUCUCAUUUGCUAAGUGUCCCAAUGGUGCUCAUACAACAUGCAGUUGGUCCUAACUUGUAGAAAUUCUAAUGCCCCUCCUCCCACCCUACAAACAUUUUCUGCAUGUUUCAGUGUUUAAAGAUAUGCCUUUUUUUGUGAAGUGUGCCUCUGAAGAAUGACAUAGCAUAAUAAUGACCUCCUGUGGCCUACUACAGGGACCAGAACAGACCAUGGUUGCUUUUAAAAAGACAAAUGGUCGUGCUGUUAUUCCAGCCUUACACUAAGACACAAGAAGACAAAAUGGUUAUAGCACUCUGUGAAACCUAUAGAAAAUAUGUUUUUAAGAAGAAAAAAAUUACAUUUUCAUUUGACAGCUAAUUAGCUAACUGAUUAAUUAGGUAAGCCCUAGGUUUUAAUCAAGCUUAAGAGCCAUUGUCAAUUUGAUAAGUAAUAUUAAUAGAUUUAAUUAAUUUGCUCUCUCCUUGUCAUCAGAUAAAUAUGACUCUAUUACAUAUCAUGGAUGGGGCUUUAUGAUGCCAGAAGGAUAUGCCAUUUUCCAUAAACUCUUUUGAUGUAGUAUUCUCUCAGAGUUCAUAAUGCUUUGCUGCCCCCCUGUGACAAGCAACAAGCACCAGGCUCAUUGGCCUUCUCUGCACACCUGUGGUCAGUAGGAGCUGGAGCAUUUGCCAUGGCUAUAUAGAAAGCUCAUGCAAGCCCUGCUGAUGGUUUCUGGACAUGGUUGAUGGCUCUCUUUUUAUUGCGUCAGUGGAAACACAUUGAUAUUUUACACAGGCUGAAAUACCUCCAGAUGUGUUUGAAAAUUCAACAAGUUGUACAAUGUACAGUAUUUAUUUUGGUGGGUAUGCAUUGUUACAUCUUAACUACAGAUGUAAGUUAGAGGGUAUGAUCCAUCAGAUUAAAAAUAUUUACUGUUGGCCUCUUAAAACUGUUCUAGGUUUAAUUUUGGUUUGUGUCAGCCAUGAGCAGGAAAGCUGGUAAUCUCCACCAAGUUGCAGAAUGAUAAUGGACUCUGAGAGAAAAAGGAACUGGUUUGUUUUAUCUCCGUUAUUCUUGUCCACUAUAAGCAGUCUGAAAAAUGACUAUGCAAGGUGCUAUAUAUUUUGUUUGUUUGGUAUUAAUAUUUAUCUUAUUUUUUAUUUUUCUGAUUGUUUUGUCUGAUUGAAGCAACUCUAUUUAAAAAUAAACCAUACAAAAAAAAUA